GGGGGAAGUUCCGCAGGGAGAACCUUUAGUUUAAGAAGCAAUGUGCGAAUGCUGCAACUCCGUUUCUGAAAUCGGGUUCAUUUCCUGCUGGUGGAAGAGCUGUUUGUUAUCCUGUUUUUAGUCAGCCUUCGGGAGACGACUUCCACCUGAAGACCCAAGGUCACCUGGCUGGCUUCAAGUGAGGAAUCAAAUCCGGUUCUCCAGAUUAGAGUCCGCUGCUCUUAACCACUACACUAAGCUGGCUGUUGUGCACGAUUUCACAUGUGUGUUUAGAUCAGCCUACAAGGGCACAGAAAAAUGAUGACCUACCCUGAAUGUGAAGCAGAGGACAGUACCUGCAGAGACUUGUCUGAUGGCCAGUCAGACUAUGGAGCUGCUUGCCAGGAAGAUGGAGAAAACCUCUGGGAUGCUUUUGGGCUCCUACAGAUUGAUAUGGGCUGUGAGAACAUCAGGAGCCAGUUCCUGAGAAAAGAGACUGGGUGUUCGAGAAACGUUUUAAGGAAGCAGAGAAACUGGGAGAAGAUAAUUUCAGCAAAGAAGAGGAAACGAAAACAUGAGAGAGAACGGCGUAGAGCUAAGCUUGCUGAAGAAAGAGUUCCAACCCCCCAACUUAGUAAGCGAGAUUUAAAAGAGAUCACAAGAGAGCGCCUUUUGGGAGCCAAGAAAACAGGGCCUCGGCUGUGUGUUGACCUGAGUAUGACCACUCACAUGACUACAAAGGAAAUAAGCCGCCUUGCUGCUCAGAUAAGAAGGCUCUAUGGGUCUAAUAAGAAAUCCCAGAAGCCCUUUUGGCUGUACCUCACGGGGUUUGUGCAAAACAGUCCAAUCGCUGAAGAGUGCCUGAGGAUGAAUGAUGGAUUUAGCAGUUACCUUAUUGAUGUCACACCAGAAAGUUACCUUGACCUAUUUCCAUUAGAAACAAUUGUUUACCUCACUCCAGAUGCUGAAAAAGCUCUGGAGGAAGUCGAUCCACACAAAGUGUAUAUCCUCGGUGGGCUGGUAGAUGAAAGCAUUCAAAAGAGACUGACCUUCCAAAAUGCCCACGAGCGGCAUCUACAGAUGGCACGGCUACCGAUCCAAGAGUACAUGGUAAAGAAAGCAAAUGCCAAAAAUUAUCACUCGACGACUUUGGCCAUCAACCAAGUGUUUGAUGCCUUAUCAACAUACUGUGAGACGAAGAGUUGGGCAGAAGCCCUUAAAGCUGCCGUUUCUCCUGGGAAAGGCUACGUCCUUCGAGACUCAGCACUGCGACAAAAGGAACCUGCAGGGGAAAGCUGUGGGACUCUACCUUCAGCAGUUUAGAAGACUCGUCUCCGCUUCCGUUUCUUGGAAGCAAUGUGGACCAAUCGAUUUGCCUGUUUUCGUGAAUCUGUAUUAGAAGGAGGAAUUAAAAUCUUCUAUUGAUUUCUUUUGCAUCAA